UUUCUUCGUAGUUCGUCGUGCGAUACGGGAGGUUCGCGUGUUACAUGAGGGAAAUUCAAAACAAAGGCAAGUACUCGGCCACGUGGAAAUCGAGCGGGUGCGUCCGCGCGCGUGUGUCGUCGCCGAGGCAGGAGGCUGAACGGCGGAUUAGCUGUCGAUUCGUCUCUCGUUUUCUCACCGGCCGCUCUCGCCGCGCGUUCAGCCACAACCUCUACGACGAGAGGGAUGGCAGGCCGAGGUGGACCGGUAAACGAGAUGCGGAUAUGAGCCACGCGACGAGAGCGGACGACGUUAACUCGGCCAUGGAUCCACCGGCGGCCGACAGCGUCGACGACGAGUCCGACGAUUUGUUUUCAGAUGACGAACAAAAGAAGGAGAUUGGGCGUAGAUCCAACGUCUCCCACGACUCGAUUUUAAGUCGGUCUGAGACACCUUUAUUAUUUGACAGUCCCAAAACGACAGUGUCAACUGAUGCCGUGAUUCCAUCCACGCCGUUGAGUCUGUUGCCCUUCUUAAGUAAGAUAAACGAACAGUGGAGUAGCGACUUGGAGACACCGCAAGCUCAGGCCCAAACGAAACCAAUGACUGUCUCAGCAGGAAGAACUGAGGUAACACCUAGGCUCGAGCAGCGUACACCUGACGUUUCAAAUGUUAAAAGCGUAGACAAAAUUGUCGCCGAUUCCCCUGUUAUUUCCUCUAGAGCAACGCGGCGGCGCUCCAAGCGUCGUAUAUUUAGAUCCUCCGCAUCUAUAGACCCAUCGGCUGUGACUGACAAUGAAGAUAUUACCGCAGUUGUACAAGUAGAGACACCUGUUAUUUCUGACGGUGCUGAUUCCCCGGCACUAAACGACACUGCGAAUGCUGCAGUAUCGAAACCGUCUUUCGAGAACGACGUUAAAGAUUGCGAGCCAGAGGUUCUCGAUAAGAGUCAAGACAAGGGUGGCAAUGAGAAACCGGAAAAUUUUACGAACGCCGUACCUGACAGUUUAAACACGUCCACGCAAGAGUUUUUUAGCAACGCCUCGUUCAGUAAGAUAGACGAGCUGUGUUCCGACACUUUUAAUAAGCCGGAAACAAUGGAGACCGUUGCCACGCGAUGUAAUUACGAAUCGAAUGUUGAGAUUAAAGGAAGGAGCGUUGACGAGGAGAAAAGUAUAGGUUUCUUCACUGCCCGUGGCGCUUCGAUUAAUGUAUCAAAGCAAGCGUUACUUAAGGCGAAGAGACUGUUCGCGGACGCCUUCGAUAUGGACGAAACGCAGGCGCAGGAUUAUGAGUCAUUCGCCAAAAGAAAUUGUAACGAGGAAAAAAAUAGGCAUUUACCAUCCACUUCAUUCGCUAAUAACGUUCCUGCCAACAUUGCGAAAGAAUUUGCGCUGUCCAAAACGAAAUUACUCGCAGAACGAUCGAAAAAUUAUGACGAAGCGUACACUGCAGAUUGUAAAAAGCCACUUGUAAAUAAAAGUUCCGGUGAAGAAGUCAAUAAAGCUCCCGUUUUACUUUCCACUGCCAGCGGCAAUCCCAUUAACAUCUCGAAAGAAGCUUUGUUAAGAGCGAAAGCGUCAUUAGCGAAUGAAACGGAUAAUAUUGAUGACGAUGCGUUAAUAAAAUAUUACGAGAGAUCGUCUGUCGAUAAAAAUAAUUCUGUAACAUUAAAAAAUAAGGCCCUGUCAUUGUUUUCUACAACUGGCGGUAGAUCUAUUAAUAUCGCAGGAAAAUCACCGGCCAAAGCAACAUCAUUGUUCGCGAAACAGUCGGAUAUUACCGUUAAACUACCAUCUAAUAAAACCGAUAUUUCUGAUAACGAACAAUGUGAUAAAAGUACUUCGAAUAUUAAAUUCCGCACUGCCUGUGGCGCAUUCGAGCAAGUUAAUUCUAAAGCAAGAGCAUCUGCAGAACAAUUGGACGGUUCAACAGAACCAAUCGCACUACAAAAAACUCAUAUCGAUGAUAAUGAAAUAAAAGGACAGGAAGCGGGAGUUUUAAAAAUUGGAUUCCAAACUGGUCGUGGUAAACCCAUCGGUAUCUCGGAACAGGCUUUAUCCAGAGCAAAAGCAUUGUUUGCGGAUUUGGACGAUACGUUAGAAGUAGUCGUCGCAGAGAAAACCAAUGUUCACUGUGAAGAAGCGAAAGGAUUAGAAGUAAAAAAUAUUAGAUUUCAAUCUGGUAGCGUCAAUAUUUCUGAACAGACAUCGAAAGCGAAGGUAUCGUUCGAGCGACUGGACGGUCAACUAGAAUUCGCCGUUGCAAACAAAGCUGAUAAGAUCAGCGAUAAAGUGGAAACCGGACGAGAAGUUAAAAUUCCGAGUAUUGGAUUUCAAACCGCUUGCGGAACGGCCAUCAAAAUCUCGGAGCAAGCGUUGUCCAGGGCGAAAGCGUUAUUCGCGGAUGAAUUAGAUCCUUUAGAAAUGGACAUUCUCAAGAAUAAUGGCCGCGACGACGAAAAGAUAGAGAAGCGCGACUCGACAGUUCCGCACGGUGGACUGCAAGCUGCAAGCGGCCAACGGGCACCGGUUUCGAACAAUGCUGCAUUGACAGCACGAGAAUUAUUCUCCAGCGACCGUCCGGACGAAAGUAAUCCUGACUUGGAGCGCGCAUCGUUGCAAAAGCGCAAACUAAGCGUGGCUAAUGUAGACGAGAGCACACCCCAGGGCAGGAUUCGCGCGUCCGAAACGAAGAAGGCACGUCUCAGCGGCGAAUUCCACGCUAGAAAAUUGUUCUUCGAUAAUCCGGGCGUUGACAACGUUGAGAACCGAGAUCCGGAUGUGAAAAGUCCUUCCGUCGUGGAUUCCGUUCUGGUUUCGCCGAAAGCGGAUACGGUGGAAUCGACCGAAUCGGAUGUAGCGGGCAGUCCUGUGAUAGGAAGACAGUCUAUCCCGAGGAAGCGAAAGAGCGUAGGAUAUCACAGGGACGAGUACAACGCGUCACGAGCGGAUAAAAAAGCAUCAGAUAACGAGAGUGCAUCAUCGUUGCGAGAGAACGUUGUUGUGCAAGGAAGCGCAGCUCGCGGAAAGAUCGAGGACGAUAAAUUAGACACGGAGACGACGCGAGCCGCCGCGCGGGAAAGGGCGCGGGGCGACAGCGCGGAGUCGAGCGAGUACGGCGACACGCAGGUGAUGCUGGACUUUAUCGAUCAGUCGGCGAGGAUCCUGCAGGAUCGCUUGGCGGCCGCGUUGGAGCAGGAGGCGAUAAUCACCGCGAAGAGGAGACGCGCGCGAUCGGCGGGCUCGAAGCGGUCGGCGGGUCACCUGUACCGUUACAGGCAGAUCAAUUCGAACGCUCGUUUGUCGCUGCGGGAGAUCGGCGGUGGCGCGCCGCCGGUGCCGCGUCCCCAUCAGGAGCUGGUCGAUCGGCGGAUAUCGCCGGAUAUCCUGGACAUCACCGCCGCGACCGCGGCGACGUACAGAUUCCGUUGCUCCGACUUCUACGGGAACGACGUGGCGCACGGUAACGUCCGCGGGAUCGAGAUGGAGGACGGCGCGCGUCUGAUCAUGGACGAGAGCGGAUGCGCCGGCGUCUGGGAGCUCCUCCGCGCGUUCCUCGCAAGUCCGAGCGUAGAGCCGAGUCUCGUUCCCGCGCGCUGGGUCGAGAAUCACUACCGCUGGAUCGUGUGGAAGUUGGCGUCGAUGGACCGAAUGAAGUUCGGCUCGGCCGAGAUACCCAGGGCAUUAACACCGUCGCACGUAAUGGCACAGUUAAAGUAUCGGUACGAUCGUGAGAUCGAUCAGUCUCAACGACCGGCGAUAAGACGGAUUUUGGAAAAGGACGACGUUGCGUCUAAGAGAAUGAUUCUAUGCGUGUCAUCUAUAAUAGAAAAUAAUGACGUAAGUAUGGAGAUAGGGAAGAGUCCGCGUGUAGGAGUGCCCAAAUGGAGAAUAGAAUUAACUGACGGCUGGUACAGCACGAACGCCUGUAUCGAUUUGGGUAUGAUGCGGAACGUAGCGACCGGUAAAAUAAGAGAGGGCACGAAAUUGAUGGUGUCCGGCGCGGAAUUACUCAACUGCGACCAAGGUUUCUAUCCGCUCGAGGCACCGGCUGACGUGUGCCUGAAAUUGCACACGAAUUCAACCAGGCGCGCACGAUGGGACACGAAAUUAGGAUACGCGCCGCGUUCGGGGCCGAUACCCAUCAGGUUACGUAACGUCUGCCCGAGCGGCGGUUUAAUCGGCAAAAUGACGAUUGUCGUCGCCAGAGUGUAUCCGAUGUUAUAUCACGAGAAAACCGCAUCCGGGGAUUCGAUCGUCAGAAACGCUAGAAGCGAGGAGAAAGAGCGUAGCAGGUACGAGCAGCGGUGCUGGUCCAAGAUAGAGGCGUUCUACGCUAAUGCGGAGGACUUUCAAGGGAAAGGACUUUCUUGCGAAACCGAUGAUAUGGCGAUUCAAUUGAGCGAGGAUUACGAGAGCCUGUCCACGGAGGAAUCCAUCUCUAAGAAGCGGCAUGAUGAAUUGCUGCAAGAGUUACGUCAGAAGGAGGAACGGUUCAACCAGAGGAUGCAGUCGAAAUUGCGCGAGAGCUUGCCGGGGCCGCGGCAGGUCUCCCAGCUGCUCAAGGUACGCGUGUGCGAUGAAAACGCGAACGCCGUCCUCUCGGUCUGGUCGCCCGGCGAGGACGUCGUCGACGCUCUCAAAGAAGGCGCGUGCGUCUCGCUCUGCAACAUCGUGGCUUCCGGAAAGAGGGGUACCGAAUUGCAACUCACCGCGCGUCGGUCUGCAAUUUUUAAGCCGGGAAAGACGCGCGACACGUCUUAUCCCGCUAGAGCGUGCACGUCGCUGUGCGAAAUAGCGAAUUCCGAGUUCGCUCCACCUUACGGCGAGUUCGAUACGGUCGGUCUCGUCUGUUCGGUCGGUCCUGCCCCUUACGGUAUGAAAGACUUCGAGGUUAUACAUUUGGCAUAUCGUGAAGCGAAUUUGAGCGACUUUUCGUACCUCUCGAUACUAUUUUGGCAAGGAAUAGCCAGUUAUGGAUACGCAGAGAUUCUUACUGUUGGAUCUAUCGUAGCUUGCAGUAAUUUAGAAUGGCGAAGGGCAACUUCGUGGAACGUCCCAGCGGCGUAUUGCACGGACAGAAGUACUUUUACGCGCAAUCCUCGCCGAAAUCAUUUAUACGAAUCCUUCGAAAAUCUGAAAAAACUGAUUACGGAUCCAAUUAAGGAUGUUGAAAGCUGUACUCUCCAGCUUAACGUGGAAUUACAAAAAAAAUCGACGCCUACGCGUUACACGACGGGUAAAAAUACUCCGAUUAAAAUAUACAGUUCCACGUCAAGCGCCGACAAAAAAUUGGUCGACUAUACGUCGCCGCUGGCGACGCCGAAAUUGGGAGUGGGCAACAGCUCGACUUAUGUCGCAUCUAAUCCCUCGAUCCAGAAACGACUUGAGAAACUUCAACAUUACGGCGAAGCGUCCGAGCUAUCUCCUCUCGUGUUAAAAAACUCCAAGAGAAUUUCUUUGGAUUUUCAAUCACCCAUUCGCAUUUCAGAGAUAUUGAGUACCAAACUCGGGGAUUUAAAUCAGUCUAAUACAACGGAAAAACAUUGACAAUUAUUUUAUGUUGUUUUGUUCUAAUUCGUUUUAAUUCUAAUGGUAAGUGUCCUAAAAACAAUGUACAUUUGUUAAUAAUUAUUAAAUGUUCAUUAAUAAUAAUAAGAAACUGUUCCUAUAACUAUAGUAAUAAAGUAGUUUUAUUAUUCCUGUA